UCAUGUUCAAUAAACAAAAUUUAAUUAAUUAAAAACAAAGACAUUAAAAGGAGAUCAGAUGUUUUAAACCAGUAAAGCAACAACAGAAACUGGUUUCAGUUUAAACGCUGCAGGUUGUUUGCUGAUGACGUUUUUCUGUCCUCGUGUCUCUGACAACUGCUCAGUCCAUCGAUCAGUCAGAGAUCAGUCAGUCAGAGAUCAAUCAGUCAGUCAGCAAUCAGUCAGUCAGAGAUCAGUCAGUCAGUCAGAGAUCAAUCAGUCAGUCAGAGAUCAAUCAGUCAGUCAGAGAUCAAUCAGUCAGUCAGAGAUCAAUCAGUCAGUCAGAGAUCAAUCAGUCAGUCAGAGAUCAAUCAGAGAUCGAUCAGCAGAGAGUCCAGCUGCAGUGUUUCUCACCUGCUUCAUCGCUGCUGGUCCAGAUGAGUGCUGAGGCUCCGCCCCCUUACCAUCCUCACCUGUCCGACGCCGCCGCUUCCCCUCCAGCUCUCAGCUGCUUCCCCGGCUCCUCGUACCAGACCUUCCCUCAGACCUUCCACACCCACUACCACGGAGAUCCAGGCCUCACAGCGCCGGGGUACCAGGACGGCCCGGUCGGACCCCCUAAACACACCGUUUACGUCGUGGAGCAACAUCACCAUGACGACGGUGGCGGCGGUGACUCGUGUCUGGCGGUUCUCUGCUGCUGCUUCCUGUGGAACCUUCUGACCGCCCACCACUGACCCUCACCUUUACAAACGCUGCUCUCUGAUUGGCUGAUUGAGGCGGUUUUGUGUCCUUUAACUUUGAGCUUGUAAUCGUCUCACCUUCAGCUGCAAACUCCUCGUCUGUGGAUUUUAUGAACAGAAGGAAACUAGAAUGUGAGCUGCUCUAAUGAAACAGUUUGACCACAUGAGGGCGACAUUCAGUCAUUAAACCAUCAGGAAUCAAUAUUUACUGAUCAAUGACUCCAUCCAUCCACAUUCAAAGCUCACUUUUCCCUCCAAUAGAAUAAAGUCUGUGGAAAGUGGAUGAUGAACUGUUUGGCUCCACAUAUUUAAAAUAUUUUAUAUUUCACUCUUGAAAUAAAUAAAUAAAAUUUUAACAAAUGUCAGAACAAUAAUUUUCCUCCUCACACAGCUGCAUCCAUCUGGACCAGAACAUAAAUAAUUUCAUAUAAACAUUUAGAACAACUAAAUUCACUGUAAAUCUGUAUUUGACAUUAAAUGUUCAGAGACACAUUAAUCUUAAUGCAUCACUAAUUUGACUUGUGAUGUAACACAGUUAAGUUCUGCAGCUGAUUAGGACUCACUGCUGCUCACAUUUAGUUUGUCUUCAUAGAUUAAUUCAGUCCUUUGUCUAGAACAGCGUUUCCCAACCUGGGGUCCGCGCCCCCCCAAGGGGGGCGCCAGAGAUCUGAGGGGAGCGCAAAGCUUUGUCUACUCUGAGGCUGUGAUGUUAUAAAAAAUAGAUUUUUACAUUCUGGAUAAAAUCAGAGUAACAGACUCACUGUGUCAUCACAAGUCUACCUAUAAAACAUUUUAAAAACACAUUUAUUUGGUCUUUCUCCAGGUUGGCUCUAGUUCAUCCAGAUUCAUUAGUUUGUGUGCAGUUAGAAAAUUACUGACGGAAUUGGUGUCUGAAAAACGCAGAACGGGGCUGUGGCUGGGGUGCAGCUUAUAGGAGGGGCUCCAAGCCAAACAGGCUGGGAACCACUAGUCUAGAAGAUUGAAAACUUCAAGGUUUUAGUGACAUCUGCUGGACAACUGAAGUCAUAGCGACCUUCUGAAGAGCUGGACUGAAGCACUGACAGUUUCUAUCCCAUGUCAGCAAUAAAAGUUCAGAAAA